UAAUCAGCUGUGUUAAAUAUGCAUCUUUAGUGAAAUUCUAAAAGUGCUUUGAGUAUAUUGUAUGACAAAUAACUAUUUUUUACACGAAGUUAAUAGUUUGCUAAGCAAACAAGAAAGACUUGUGUAACAUCAAGAAUUCAUAUGGUUGCAAUAUUUUUAUUUCCAUCAGUCAUAUCAGUAUUCAGAUUAUAUGAGAUAACUCCUAUUCGUUGUCAACCGUGAUAAGUCCUUACACUGUCAGAUGAAUUGACAUCGUUUAUUUGUGUGUGAACAAUUGACCGAUAUUAUGCUCUCGAUGUAACGGCAAGCGUUUUUGUGUGCGAUGGUGUUGGUGGUGGCCGUAGUAGACGGGCUUUAAAAAUUUAGAAAAGCCCAAUAGGCAAGCAUCUCUACAUCACUUGAAGUUAAAAAUUAUAAGAAAGUAUAUAGGCGUAAGAAUUAGCAGUGAUAAAAAUGGAUAUAUAUACAGCAAAAGGAUUAAUUAUAGUUUUGUCUAUUAUUUCAAGACUCAUUUUUGGUUUUACUCCACUGCUAAUAUCUAGGAAACUUUUUAAAAAUAAAACUACUGAUUCUUUUAAUUCUAAUACGUUAGAUUAUUUGGUAUCAUUAUGCUUAAGUUUGGGUGGAGGUGUGUUACUGGCUACGUGCUUUGCUCAUUUAAUACCUGAAGUAAGAGAAAGCUUAACGACCAAUUUAGAUGAAAAACAUCAUCACUAUCCAUUUACUGAACUCAUUGUCUGCAUGGGAUUUUUUCUUGUAUAUUUUGUUGAAGAAUCUGUUAAACAUUUUGUUAAAAAACAUAGGAAACGUUGUAAAGCAAGAAAUGCCAGACAAUGUGAUAGAUUAUUACAAUGGACUAAUGGUCAACUUGGCGCUAUCAAAUCAACUGAUGAUGUUAUCUCAGUCAGUAUUGAUCAAGGACCUAAAACUACAGAUUGUCAAAUAGAAAAAAAUAACAAUAAUGAGAUGUCACAUGUUCACAAUUUACGGAGUCUCUUUGUUGUCUUAGCAUUGUCUUUUCAUUCAGUAAUGGAAGGUUUAGCUAUUGGCUUAGAAGAAAAUAUGGAUGAUAUGAGUUUCUUAUUUUUAGCAGUUUCUAUUCAUGAGUGUACCAUAUUGUUUUGCAUAGGCAUGAAACUUGUUUCAUCUUGUUCAUCAUUUACAAAUAUUACAUUAAAUAUUAUUGUUCUUACACUAGUUUCACCAUUUGGGAUAUUAUUAGGCUCAAUUUUGACAUUUAAUUUGUCUGCUUCUGAUGAAUCUUAUCAUACAAUUGGAAAUGCUACAUUACAAGGUUUAGCUGCUGGUACUAUUCUAUAUGUAACCUUUUUUGAAGUACUUGAUCGUGAACGCAAAAAAGAUACUGCGCCGGGAUUACUCAAGUUAUUAUUUACCAUGAUCGGUUUCUCUUUCAUGGUUACAUUAGAAAUUAUUGGUGGCCAUAACCAUAAGGACAUCCAUCUAAUUAAUGAAAUGAAUAAUUGUUCAACGGAUAAUGUUCCUCAUUAACUUAUACAAUCAUUGAUCAUUUCUGUAGUUACCAGAAAUUCUCUAAGUAUUUGAAAUUUAAUGUGACAUAUUGUAAUUUAUUAACAUAUAUUUAAUGUUUUUAAUUACUUCUGAGAUAGUUUUGUAUUAAAAUACUUAUCUGUUAUUAAGACUAAAUUUAG